UCCACGAACCAAUUAUAUGUCAGAAGGCACAGAGUUGCAUAUCUACCAAAUAUGUCAGCAAAAUAUCCAUAUUUUAUGUCAUACAAUAUGAAGGAUUGUGACAACACCUCACGGAAAUCUUACAUUGAAAUGCUUUCUGGAAAUCCACAGGAGUUCACGACCGGGGACUUGUGGAACACGACAUUGAUACCAGCUGUUUGUAUCUGGUUUAUCUCGAACACACCACAAUACAGCUUUGGUACACAUUAUUUAUUAAGCAGCAUCGAAAUUGAACUGGAAAUAUGUGUUCCCCAAACAGAUAAAUAUUUCUUUCCCGCGGACUACCUCGCUAUCAUUGGCACGUAUCAACGAUCGUCGAAUAGCAGUACAGAAAAUAUUUCAAGCUAUUUUGAUGGAGCAUCAAUACUAAAUUCCAAUCCGUCUAGACUUACUGCAACUGGGUAUAACGAUCCCGAAUCAUCCACUCGUGAGAUUAAGACAGAUGCAACUUCUACCACUGAUUUAAUGUCCGAUGGACCGUCAAGUCCUAUUCUAACCGAUUAUAACAAUCCCGAAUCAUCAACUCGUACGGUUACGUUAGCUGCAAGAUCUACCUCUGAUUUGGUUUUCAAUAGAAAGACCGUAUCCACGAUUCCUGUCAAUAAUGGUAUAUUCAAUUCUUCGGUGACUGACCAAAGCACAGACGUUUAUACAGCGGCCUCAACCGAUAUUACGUCUUCUACAAGCUCUGGAAAUCAAAAGACAACAGCAUCUAACGCUAAUGUCCUUUGUUCAUGUGCUUGCUCUAAUAUAACUAUCGAGACUCUUCAAGAAAGGUUAGACCAUAUAAAAAGCAUUCUAACUGUCGACAAAAAGGCUUUGUCUUCUACGUACCGGAAGCUUAACUGUGCGCAUGAUUCGCGUUUGUCCUCAAAAGGCAUUGGAGCAACAGGUUUAACGGUUUUGAUAGCUAUCAUUGGAAUUAUUAUUUUAAUGGACAUUACAAAGUUAUUCCAGUGUUAGACAAAAAUAAAGAACUGAACUGCAAACAUUUCUGUUGAUAAAAAGUUCUGUAUAUCCAUAGUUUUGGAUGAUGAAUUGUGCAUAUCUGUUUGUGUGUAUUUUCUCUAAAAACUUCUAUAUUGGAAGAGAGGUUUAUUCUCUGUUCAACAAAGUGUAUUUACAUAACUGUCAGACUGAGAAUAAUAUUCCAGUCACCUCAUAUUUCAUAUCACUAACAGACGUUUAGAGAAUGGCCAAACGGUCUAGAGGACUGGAGAUUCUGAAGAUCAUUGUACUGACGCGUAUAAGAACGCACAUCAACCAAACAAUUACUGGAAAAGUUCAGUACAAGCAACGUCAGAAAACGAGUAACCAACAAUUUUGAGUAGAAACAAAUGAUUAACGCAUGAAAAACUGACAGACUAACGGCCAG